AGUUUAAUUUUGUCUUUCCAAAAAAGAUGAGAGCUCUCGGGAUAUUGGUAAUUUUUGCGGUGCUACAAAAUUGGAUUUUCGUCGAGACUAUUCCAGUAGAAAAAUGGUUUCAGCUGGAGGGAGGAAAUCAAACCGUUUUCAUAGAAAGGGAAUAUAAAUACAAUUGGUUUCAAGCUCGCAACGAAUGCUUGCAGAAAAAUAUGACCCUUAUAGCAAUAGAUUCCUCAGAGAAGAGUGCAUUGCUGACCUCUCUGCUGAAGCGGGUGUUUGAAAAACCCCAUAACCUAUGGAUCGGUGGCGAUGACUUGGGCCAACAGGAUGUCUUUGUCUGGUCUUCGACGGGUAAACGUUUCGAAUUCACCAAUUGGAGCAAGGGAAAUCCCAGUCACAAUCACGGCCUGGAACACUGUGUCAAUUUGUGGGAACAUUCCGAUUUUGAGUGGAACGAUGCGCCGUGCAGUGAAUCGAAGGGAUUUAUUUGUGAGGAAAAUCUUCAUUUGCUGGCUGCCAAACAGGAAUUGCAACAUAUGAAAAAUAUGCUCUACGAGGUCUAUGAAAGAUGUAGUGGAUAGGAGAAAAUUCAAAAAAUAUCUA